UUUUUUAUAUAGAUUGACUUUCAAUUUCUUAUACACGGAGCCUUUUCUCUCUACCUCUUCCUUUCUCUUUCACGACAUGCUUGGUUCUUCCCUCUCCAGCGAAAGUGCCAUCGGGCCUCCUCCUUCUCGUCCUUCUCUCAGCUCCUGAGGCCAGUGGCGGUUGUUAAGCUUCUCUUGGACAGGGGGAAACAUAGGGCAAUGGAAGACCAGACUGGUCGAAAAGGAGCCAAUUGGGGUGCAGGAAAUACUGAGAGCCAUUUAAAAUAUGCCGUUGAUGCAGGAUUCUUAUCGGGCGCACACCCAAACACUCCUGACCUUGAUGACGAAGAAUCCAACCAACUUGCGAGCUCUGACUCAGAGAGCUGUGACUUGGUUGGUGAGUCCGAGCCGCCACACGGGUUGGCCAAUUUGGUGGCGAGCUUCCGAGUCUUCUCUGAGUCGCUGUUGAGGAUGGAGCGAGCCCAGCUGGAGAUGGCCAAGGCGAGGGAGGCUUCGCGAUUGGAAGCAGAGAAGCGGCGGGUUGAGUUGGAGGCCGAGUUGACUCGGAUGCUAUUGCAGACUCAGCUGCAGAUAGCCUCAUUUACCUCGCGCCAGAGCCCAAGUCGAAAGCGAAAGCGCGUCGAAGAAAACGAGUCACCACCUAUUUCUGAAAGGGAAGGAGCUUUGCUGUUUGGUUUAAUCCAGUGCAAUUUGCUGUUUUGAAGUUACUUGUGGCCCUAAAUUUUGGGAAAUUUUAUGUAAUGGUUUCCUUCUUCCUUUAGAAAAUAAUAAUAAAAAUAGAUCGUGUAAAAGUGAUACUCCAUGUUAAGGAUAAGAUCCUUUUCAUUUCAAGUAAAAUAAACUCCAGAUUAAUUUUCCAUAUAUAAUAGUGUACAUAUUACCACGAA